CCUAUUUUAAGCAGUGGCCGCGGGUCCUAAUACUUUACUUUUGAGAAGGGUUUUCUUUUUUCUUUCAUUUUUUGUUGGCAGCUGGAUAGACCUGCCUUCUUAAAAUGGUUGUGAAUUGGUAGGAAUGUGUUACCAAAUGUCACUGCUUUCUCCUUAGCAUUGAUCAGUUACUGCUGUCUACUAAGUAAUACGGUAGAGAUAGAUUUUAAGGUAUUUGAGGAUGAAGUGAUUUUUAUGGACCAGUUUGUGAAAGAAGCAUCAGUAAUAGCUUCUGGGGUAGAAGAGGCCUUUGAAGCUGCCUCACUGCAGUCCCAGUACGGAUUAUAGGGUAUAGUCUGACCAAAAUUCACUAAGCAGAUAAAAAUCGAUGAUUUCUGUGCAAAUGGAAUGUUUCUUUGAAACCACUAUUUUAGAAAUGCAACAUCAAGAUUUUAGUCUUGGUUACUGUAAACUAUGCUGACCCAGACUGUUAUUUUAUAGAUCUCUGAAAGUUCCUUAUUCUUUACAUUGCACAAAAGAAAAUUUGCUCUUUUGUAGCUGUUGCAAAUCAUUUGUGGAAUAUAUAGUUGUGUGGCCCAUUUGCGUCAGUGAAUUAAAGAUACAGGAACACGUGGGGUACUGAGGGGUAUGUGGGUUUUGCAAAGGAAGUAUGUUCCAAUGAAAGAUGGAAGUAAUCUGGCAGACUUUUGGGGAAGUAAGAAGGGAAGAGAAGAAAAAAGCUGAUGAAAAGAAAGGACCAUAAAGCUUAAUUUCCAUUUAAUUGGCUUACAUUCAGAAUGCAUACAGUAUGCUGGUAAUUUAUAACAUCCUAGCUAUUAAUGUUUUAAUAGGGAUACUGAAUUGUAACUUAUAAUUUCAUAAAUUGUAAUUCAGUUCUGUUGUAGUGUAAUUUACACUUACUUUUAACUAUGAAUUCUGUAUAUUUUGAGUCUCAUUUAAAAAAAAAAAAGAAGAAGAAUGUGAACUAGGAUUUGGUGGCUUUUUUUUUUUUUUCCUUCCUUCCCAGGUGUCAUGGAAAAACUUGGUCUUGGUCCAGAAGUCCUUUUGCAAGAGAAUCCCAGACUCGUCUAUGCUAGACUCACUGGAUUUGGCCAGAUGGGAAAAUAUGCCAAGUCUGCAGGCCAUGACAUCAAUUAUUUGGCAUUAUCAGGUGUGUUGUCAAAGCUGGGUAGAAAAGGUGAAAAUCCUUAUGCACCUGUAAACCUUCUGGCUGAUUUUGCUGGUGGAGGUGUCAUGUGUGCAAUGGGUAUUAUUGUAGCCCUAUAUGAACGUACCAAAUCUGGCAAAGGGCAGAUCGUUGAUGCGAGUAUGGUAGAAGGAGUGGCCUACCUAAGUUCUUUUCUGUGGAAAUCACAAAAUAUAGGACUUUGGAACAGACCCCGAGGUGAGAACUUACUAGAUAGCGGUGCUCCUUUUUAUGAAACCUACAAGACCUCCGAUGGAAAAUACAUGGCCGUUGGUGCCAUUGAGCCUCAAUUCUAUGAGCAGUUAAUAAAGGGUCUUGGACUAGAUUCAAAUAAACUUCCUAGUCAGUUGAGUUUCUCGGACUGGCCCAAAAUGAAGAAAAUGUUUGCAUCCAUAUUUGCACAGAAGACACAAACUGAAUGGUGCAGCAUAUUUGAUGGCACUGAUGCCUGUGUGACCCCUGUUUUAUCCUUUGAUGAUGCUGCAUCGCAUCAGCAUAACAAACAAAGACGUUCUUUUAUCAAAAAUGAUCAGGAAGAGAUAAGUCCUAGACCUGCUCCUGUUCUUUCACGGACCCCUGCUGUUCCAUCUUUUGCAAGAGAUCCUUUUAUAGGAGAACACACAGAAGAGAUCCUUCUAGAAUAUGGAUUUACUAAGCAAGAGAUUGCUAAGCUUCAUUCUGAUAAAGUAAUAGAAUUCAGUAAACCAAAAGCUAAUUUAUAAUCUGUAGCUAUGCAAAUCAGAAGAAUUUCAGGCUGAUGCAGUAAGAUUUUAACGCAUUAAAACUGAAUUACAUGACAAAUAAAUGUUGGUAUGGUAUUGCUUUUAAAUGAAUGAAGUUUUAAAUGUAAUUGGAAACAGUGGGAGUUAAGUACCUGUAUACCUGGUUGGCUUGCACUGGAGUACACAGACUGUGUUCCUAAUAAGUCUAGAAUGUUAUUGAAAUUGUGUUCUGAAGAGCUACACUGUUACCUAAGCAGAUGUAAAUGCUCAUAAUGUUUUUUUAAAUAGCAUAUCCUGUGAAAUGUUUGUUUCUUUUAAUUCUUAGUUGCACUAUUGCA